GGUUUCGCGCUGCUGGUUUCAAUGCCCCGCGCUCGGGAGGAGCGCGUCAUAGCAGGGCAAGGGAGAUCGGCGGGACGACUCUCCCGGGCGGGCUGCUGACGUGGCUGGAAGUCGUUUGCGACGGUGGGGAGAUCCCGCUCAGCAGCGGCGGCGGAGGCCGACGUGGCGCGUGGGAACGGCUCGCUGCUUGGCGCCAAGCGCCUUCCUAAGCUGUGGCAGGGAGAUGGACUCGUGGAUUUGCCGCGCAUGGGCGCCCUCGCAUUGGCGCGCCCAGUCAUCGGCGCGCCCCUGGCGCAUCGCACUGCUAAUGCUUUCCUUAUGCGUCACAUUUUCCUAUUUGGUUAAGCUGGAUGUCGCCCUGGCAGAUUCCGACGACUUGCCUCUACAUGAGGCUGUGGCAUUGCUCACGGACGAAACACUGGUACAGGAAACGCAGGGUCACUCCUUGGUGAUGUUCUACGCAGAAUGGUGCGGAUUCUGCAAACGACUGGCACCGAUAUGGAGCGAGCUAGCAAGGCAGACCCGAGGUCAACCUGAAGCUUCCGGCGAAUCUUCGGUGAACAUUGCCGCGCUUCGGGCAUCCGAGUACAGGGAGCACGUGGCGGCCGCGUUUGUGCAGGGCUAUCCGACGGUGCUGUACAUGCACGGCGGUGUAGUGGUGGAUGAGUACGAUGGUGAUCGGACAGUCAAAGCUCUGCGCACCUACAUCUCGUCAAUGGUGAGCAUGAGUGAGGAGGAACGUGAUGCGCUGAAGGCCAAGUCGGCAGUGAAGAGGGCAGAGCACGAGCUCCGGAGGGAGGAGCAAAAGGCAAAAAGGCGCCAAGAGGAAAUCAGAAGCGAGUUCCAAUCGAAUGUGACCUUGCUAGAUUUGACAAACGACAGCGUUGUGCAGGCAGAAAUAUCCAAUCGAAAAGACGUUAUCCUCUUCGUAUACACUCACUCGUGUGAAGCUUGCACACUCGUGAUGCCAGGCUUUUCUGAGUUUGCUAGCAGUGUGGGAAUCCCAGACCUCCGUGUUAUGAGAAUGGAGGCUGCGGAGGACGAGCCAGUCUUUCCGGGAGCUGCCUUUGCAUACCGUGAUGGAUUCCCCGUCAUCUUGUACCUCAGGAAUCUCAGAGUGAUGGGUCUGUACGGGGGUAACGCUGCAGAUGUCACCCAGCUCGUGAAUUUCGCUAGAAGAAUGAAGUCGUUAUCGAAGAAACAGGUCGAGGACGCGGUAAGCACCCUGAGGGUUGAAGCAGAGGUGAUUGCAAAAGAGGUUCGCGAGAGAAAGGCCUUCCUCGCGAGUCAACAGGAACAGGAGUUCUCAGCUGCAGUACUUAACCUCACCGACUCGACUUUCGACCAAGAACUAGCGGGCAAGGAUGCUGUGGUUUUGUUCUAUGCUGUGUGGUGCGGGUUUUGCCAGAAGAUGAAGCCCGAAUACACAAAAUUUGGUCUCAACUCCAGUGUCGAUGGCCUUGUUGUCGCCGCCAUCCGUGCAGACGAGCACAAGCGCAACCGUGGAAGCCCCCUGGUAUCAGGGUAUCCGACAAUAAUGUUCCUGAGGAAUGCUCAGCCAGUCGAAACGUUUCAGGCCGAGGAGAAAAUAGCCAGCGAAUUUCGCAACUUUGCACAGGAGAUGUCGCAGCUCACAGAUGAGGAGGCUGAGGAGAGGGGGAGGACUCUCUUUGCAAGAAUAGAGGAGGGGAAGAUGGAAGAGAGAAGGCGGCAACAGCAAAAGGCGAGGGAAGAUGCCAAGAGGAGGGAGGAGGAAAUCCGAAAACAGAAACAGGCAAGGAGAAAGUCCACACGGGGUCGAUGACAGAAGGUUCCGUAAGUGUUUUUUGCGAUGUAGAGUUGCUGUUUAACGAAUACAUUUGCUUAAGGAACUCAAGGUAUAAAUAGGAUAGGAAGAGGACACAAAGCAAGGGCAUGAAACGAUUUGCAGAGCAAGCACAAAUUUCGGGUAGCAGUACGCACUGGUACCCGGGAUGUUUUUUUGACAGCAGGGAAACCGAAGUGCUGGUUGCAAAGAGGACACUCAGCUAGUGUCCUACUUCUUUGAGAGAGAGAGAGAGAGAGAGAGAGAGAGAGAGAGAGAGAGAGAGAGAGAGAGAGAGAGAGAGAGAGUGUAAGGCACUGGAAGGAGUAAGGACGACUAUCGAUGGCAGAUGGCAAUGGAAGUGAGCAGCAAGGUGUGGAGUGGUUGUGACCUUGUUGGGCAACGUCCAGGGUUGUCGGGGACCACGGUAUGAGAACCAAAGGAACAAGAUCGUCGGACGUCUCUUUGAAUGUGCCGAGUUGUUUUUGGAAAUGAACCCGCUAGAAGUCCUUGGAGGCGAGCACGCAUCUGGAUAUCCAUGCUCGGAGGCGAACAUGCGCUCCUGGGGCAUACUCGCACUACCGGGGACUUGCCUGGAUGCAUCUGGUCAAAAUUACAGCCCAUCCCGGAUGCAUUUGAUCGCAGUUACAUUCAACGUUCAGUCGAAAAAGUCAACUUGUGUGAGUAUGCUCUUCGACCCUUCCCUUUUUUAGCAGGCAAACAUUAGUCAAGCAGGAGCAUGAGCUAGAUAAGUUAAUGGUUGGCUGGCAAGGGGUGGAUGAUGCUGAUGCUGUUCAUCUCUCUCCCUUCAUCUCUUCCUCAAAGCGGACAGCGAUCACCUGUAUGUUGACUUGAAACGAAUGGCUUGGGCUUGUACUUGAUUAUUCGAUUAACUAUUCGAUUGUAUUUGCGCUUGUGUUGCUAAUGGGCCUGACAGUGUUUCUCAGUCACUUCAGGCGGUUAGCGGGUUUACUAUACUAAGUCUUUCGUUCUGCGAGCAGCGAGGACAAGAUGCAAAGUCGAAGUCUUUGGCAUGUUAUCUAGUCGGUCACGUAGGCAACCGUUUGCUGUGGCUUUGCAACUGUGGUGAGUUUUUUGCGAGCUAAAACUUUUUUUUUUUUUUUUUUUUUUUGUUAUCGGGAGUGUCAAACGUAGACAAGCUAUUUCCUCGAUCGGACAACGGAAAAAAGCAAUUCCUCAGAAAUGAUUGGCCAGGAUAAGUAGGCUGGGAGUUUGAAGCAUGAGACACUGGAUUGCUCCGGGCUGAGAUGUGGAGGGGGGAUUUCUGGCCUCCUUUUGCUCUUGUAAUAAAGUAGAGUGUUGCCAAAAAAAAAAAAGAAAAAAAAAAAAAAGAGUGGAAACGUAACCCUCGAGAUGGAUGAGAUAAUCUCUUGCCGACACCAAGCCUGUGCCUGAUCGAGGAUCGAGAAACCGAUCUGUCAUGACCGAUC